AUGUCUAUCGCUAUCAAUAAUACGAAUUCAACUACCUCUAAAACUACUACUGCUUCGACAACUUCUUUUCCAUCUUUAUCACCUUCAUUUGCACCUUCUUCAUCACCAUCGUCACUACCGUCAUCUUCACAGAACCAGCCAUACCCUCCACCAGCGGCUCUGCCGCCAAAACCUCCUCCAAUACAUCAAGAUCAGACUCAACUUUCUGGUAAAAUAGGUCAAAAAUCUUCAAAUGAUAUUCAUUCCAAUGGAACCUUAUUGGAAAAGAAGAAGCCACGGCAUCAAUCAUCUCAGUCACCUUCACAGCCUCAGUCACAACAAAAUCAACAACAACAGCAAAAACAACAGGAGCAGGAUAAAUCUCAGAUUAUCAUUUACCCUGUAAACUCCGGCGUUAUUCGUUGCAUAUGCGGAUUUUCUGAUGACGACGGUUUCACCAUCCAAUGUGAGAGAUGCAACGUAUGGCAGCAUGCUGUUUGCGUAGACAUUCAAGAUGAGAGUCAGGUUCCUGAGGUGUAUCUUUGCGACCGGUGCGGAGGUGCAAAAAAGGAUCCUGAAGUUGCUCGUCGUCUUCAACUUCAUCGCAUUCACGAUGCCAGAAGGUCUAUUCCAACUGGCAGUAUAGGAACUAAUCCAGACGCUACAAAAUCCUCCAAACGCAAAAGAAGUGCUGACGACGAUAAAGAAUUUAAACGAACCGGUUCAGAAGGUGCUGUGCCAAUAGGGCACGCUAGAUCCGAGUCGAGUGCCUCCCGCAGAGGUAGUCCAGUAACUGUUGCUCCAAAUUCAACUUCAUCAACACAAGAUUCUUCAACUUUAUUAACUACAACAUCUACAGGUAAUUCGACAUCUAAUUCUAACGAAAAACCAACUACAUCGACUCGCCGAGGUCGUAGUAAAAGGCUUACAUUACAACCGCCAGAAGAAGCAGCUGACAAUGACGGUGAACCCGAAAAAAAGUUUACGCUUUCUCAAAUGUCUCGUUCCUACUACGUUUCCAUUUCUCAAAACCGCUUUGCAAGCCCAUACAUACAUAAAUACGUGGCAUCACUAGCAACAGCUCAGGACCUAGAUGAAUCUACAUCCUAUCUCUCCCGUACUGACUACAACACUAUCGAGCUGCCCAGUCUCUCCGUCAAAUUAACUAGCGACCAUCCAAAACAAAAAUUCUCGGGGUUUUCAAGAUUUGGUCUUUUCCUCGACGGGCCGGUAGCCCGUGAUCGAUUUUUGCUAGAAUAUGUUGGCCUAGUCAUGCCUAAGACAGAAUACAAAAACAACAACAUUAACCAAUACAGGCACUUUGGCUGCCCUAAACCCGGCGUUUUAUUUCAUCCUUCACUUCCGAUAUGUAUUGAUGCACGCCAGGUGGGCUCAGAUGCCAGAUUUCUCCGUCGCAGCUGUCGACCAAAUUGCAAAGUAAGCACCGUUAUUGUUGACAAAAAAUCCGUCAUUUUUGUUGUUUUUGCACUUGAACCUAUUAAGCAUGGUGCAGAACUGACUCUUGCAUGGGAGUGGGACGAAAGACAUCCUGUUCAAAAGCUUCUUAGGGACAAGCUUUCCCUCGAUCAACUUUCCCGUGACGAGCGUGCAUUUUUGGUCCAUUCUGCAGAAUAUAUUAACCAGCGUGGAUCCGAAUGUGCUUGUAAUCUUUCUCCUAGCGAGUGUUUGAUCGCCCGCAUGAAGAAGGCGCUUGGGAACCCAUCCCGUGUUACCCGUACUAGUGCAAAGACUCGACGCGGCGGCAGUGGAAGCAUUCUCGACGGUACCAACAACGCAGUAAUGUCUGCUGAUGAUGCAGAUACUCCAGGAAGUCAAGAUUCAGACGAUCCAGCACCAGUUUCUCACGCGCCAAUUUCUUUCUACUCUAAACGUGAAGCUCGCAAGCUUCAAUCCGCAAUGGCACUUUUUGAAAAGCUUAGUAAUGAACCUCCUACAAAACGACGCAAAACUGAUCAGCGCGAAACUUCAACUGAAAAUGAAGAUGAUACUGAAAAGGGAACCCCUACAGAAGAAACCCCCAAAGAAAAGCAAACAGAUAAUACCCAAACUCAACCAAAUACUUUAAAAGAACAGCCUUCAGUCAAGGAACCAACUCCUGAACCGAUAAAGCCAAUUUUGAACUACUCGGAAAAGUCAGUUCAAACCAAUCCCGUUAAUAUUCCUCUCAGAAAGAGCCUCAAUCCAGGCUCUUCGCAAAUCAUACUGACUAGUACGUCAUUGGCAUCAGAGCCUCUUAAGCUUCGUGUUUUCCACAAGUAUCUGAUAUCGAAGCAUACGCCCAAGAACCCAAAGCGAGGCCCGUCCAGCACUUUGGCUUCAGGAAUUUUAAAGCGUGCGCUACCUACAACGAUUACACCACCAAUAAUUUAUCCGCCGCAUUACUCUCCACAUGACAUUAAGCGACGUUCCAAUGGUGGGUAUAGAUCAAACCAAACUUUUUCUUUAUCGGGGUCUGCUUCAGCACUUAGUCGUCCUUCGCCUGUGACAGGGUUACCUCCACUGGCCCCUUUAGCCGGGUUGGGUGCUUUUUCGUUAUUGCCAAAUGGUAUUGGUCCGGUAGCAAACGGUCAUUCUUCGCAAGGCUCAACUCCGGCAGUGACACCAGGUGCAUCACCUCUUCAUCCAAAGGAUGGCAGUCCUCAGCCAACCACGUUGACAAAUACAGGAUAUGCGUAUGGAACACGUUCAGAUGCGAAAAGUGUGACCCCAACGCCGUUACAAUCUCCUGCCCAUACACCAAGGAAUUCAUCUGACCUGACACCCCCUCCACUGCUAUCACAGCAAGCCCACAAGACUCAAGGGCCGGCAUUUCAAAGUGCAAAUACAAAGGGUCAGCCUUUGGCAGCAAAUGGAACAAGCUUUGGAAAGAUUAAUGAUCCGAGUGGAUUUCAGUCAACAGCUAGCGGCGCACCAUUUGGGGCAUCAGCUAGUGCUGGAUCCGUUCCCCCACCAAGGCCUACUAUUAAAAAGAAGCUUAGUUUUGCAGAUUACAUGAAGAAGCAACAAAAAACGGCGGCGUCGGCAUCCCAGCAGGCCAAACCAAACAAACCCACGACGCCACCCACAGGGAGGAACUAA